AUUUUGAAAGCGCACAGAACCCCGACCGCCAAGCAACAAUGCUCGCCACUGAGAAGAUUCAUGUCAGAUUCGCCUUAGUGUCCGUGGCGAUUUCAGUUCUUGUUUUGUGUAACCCCACGGAAGCAUGGUACAAGCAAGCAACUGGCCCAAGUUACUAUUCAGUGGGCAGAGCUUCGGGUCUGCUUUCAGGAAUCCGGAGAUCACCUUACAUCAGGAGGUCUGAGUCCGAGUCCGUGCUUGAAAGCGGAGAGUCUUCAGAAAACAACGCGAUUUCCGAGCCGGGAGACCGAAAGAACCCAUUCCUGAAAAACAUGGCAAUGUGCGUCAAGGACAUCUCGCCAAACCUGCAAAGCUGCGAGCUAGUCCAGGACGGCACAAGUGUGUUUCAGUGUAAAGCGAACGUGUUCCUGUCUCUCGAUUCACAAAACUGUCUCAACGCCUGAAUCGAGUUCUUAAUCCGUGUCAGUCAAAGUACAUCGCCUCUUCCACGGGAGAGUUCCAGCGACGAGAAAAGCGCAUUGGACCGACACUGAAUGUCUCCCAUUUUACAAGACAACAUAAAGUAGCCUUCGGUAUGUGUCAGAAAUGCUCAUUCUGUUUUGCCCUUCUGCUCGUAAAUGGGCAACAGAUGUAUAACGUUAUAAUUUAUUUGCUGCUGUGCCGAACACCCGA